GAAAAUUGUUAGGUACGACUCCGGCUCGGACAGUGUUCCAACAAACGGAACGAUUAUUGUAGUACUUUCUCAGGAGUCGUUUAACGCUAAACGACAUUACCUCCUCAACCGGUGAACGGCAGAAGAAAUUAACGCGAGAAAACCGAAAUCCGCACUUUACCGCACCCUGCGACUCCGCGUGGGUUUGGCGAAACCUUCUAGAAUUUUCUUCCAUGGAGGUUAUCAGAGUUCUAACGGCGGCGAUCACGGUGGCGGUUCUCGCGGCGGCGCUUCCGGCGGACGCCGGCGACGACAACCGAGUAUUCGCGCCGUGUUCGGACACGCGAGUGCAGAGAUCCGACGGAUUCACGUUCGGAAUCGCGUUCGCUCCGAAGGACAAGUUCUUCUACAACAACAACAACAGCGUUCAGUUGUCGCCGUGCGAUACGAGGCUCUCGCUCUCCAAUGCGAAUUCUCAGAUCUCCGUGUUCAGACCCAAGGUCGACGAGAUCUCGCUCCUCACCGUUAACUCCUCCUCGUUCGUGGCGGACUCGUAUGGCUAUAUGGUUGCAUUUGCUGGCCACAGAUAUGCAGCAAGGUCGCCUCCUGCUUUUGUUGCAAACGGCACAUAUACUGUUACCAGUUUUACUCUUGUCCUUGAGUUUAAGAGAGGCAGGCUGCAGAAUUUAUAUUGGAAAAGAGAUGGGUGUGCUAAAUGCUCGAGUAACUCGAAAGCUGUCUGUCUCAACAAUCAGGAUUGCGCACUACAAACAUCCACCUGCAAGAGCCAUGGAGGAACUGUGGAUUGCAGCAUAGGAAUACAAUUGGCUUUCUCUGGUACAGAUAGACACCUUGCAGUUCUCAACUCUUGGUAUGAAGUGAAAAACCUUCGCCAGUAUUCACUCUAUGGUCUUUAUUCAAAUCUGAGAGAUUCCCUCACUAGCCAGUAUGAUAAGUUUUUUUAAUUCCCUUUAGUUCUUUGGUUAGUUUUAUCUGUACCAUUCCGUUGUUAUUUGCUCUUGUUAUUACUUUAUCCACAUCCCAACCCUUCUCUUAUCAAUAUAUUUGUGAAAAACCAGAAUGACGGCGUGUAUAUUUGUAUAACAUAUAGUUGUUUUUAAUAUGUUGGAAAGAGUGCAAUACGUAUGAAUUUAUUGGUAACUGACACGAACUAUGUUGUAACUGGGGACAUACCAAAUAGUGUAAUGGACCCUUCAAGUUGAAGAAUGUACUCUGGCCAAUUUCGAUCAAACAAGCAUGAAAAGGCCUUAUAGUUCCACAUGAAUUAUUGAGUGAUGCAUGUUUUUUA